GUUAGGCUGGUCAGUGGAUUUUUUUUUUGGUGUAAGCGCUGCUGUCUGGCAGCCUUUCUUUUUCUUAUGCUCGUUGUUUGACGCUGUGUAUCCAGAUCAAAUAACAAAACUCACAAUGCCACGUGAAAUCAAAGAAAUCAAAGACUUCUUGGUGACAGCCAGAAGGAAGGAUGCUAAAUCUGUUAAAAUAAAGAAGAAUGCUGAAAAUGUCAAAUUCAAGGUCAGAUGCUCCAGAUUCUUGUACACCCUUGUAAUCACAGACAAGGAAAAGGCUGAAAAAUUGAAGCAAUCACUUCCACCAGGUCUUCAAGUUAAAGAAGUCAAAAAAGCCAAUGAAAAAAUGUAAUAAC